UAUGAGAUUCUCCCAUACCUCUGUUAUAAGCUGUGUCUAUUACAUUUUCUCCUGCUACUCCCCAAACCUCCCUUUUUUCCUCAUGGAAGAGACUAGAGGAGCUUCAGAUUCCAAGUCUCAAACAACCUCUACAUCUUCCUCCUCAAACACUUCUUCCCAUUCCUCUAAUUCAUUCCCUUCUCAAACAAAUAUUGCAGCAGAAUUCACUGUUCAAAACAGUUCCAAGAGAGUUCAAGAAGCAAAAGAUGGUGAUGAAAAUAAGAAAAGGGUAAAGAGUAGGGAUGAUGGGAAGCACCCAACAUACAGGGGAGUGAGAAUACGUCAAUGGGGAAAAUGGGUAUCAGAAAUCAGGGAACCAAGGAAGAAAUCAAGGAUUUGGCUAGGGACAUUUUCUACACCAGAAAUGGCGGCUCGAGCUCAUGAUGUAGCUGCUCUUACAAUCAAAGGCCAGUCAGCUUUUCUCAAUUUCCCUGAGCUGGCUCAAGAACUACCCCGACCGGCUAGCUCAUCUCCCAAGGAUAUCCAAGCUGCUGCAGCCAAAGCAGCAGCCAUGAACUUCCCCAAAAGCCAUGAAGCUGCUAAAGCUGUGUUGAGCCAAUCCAUGUUGUUGACUGAUCCCUACUCUCCAUGUUCAACCAUGGCUUCCCAGGACACCCGAGACUCCUCAACUUCACCCUCAAACGAUAUUAAAGACGACGCCUUUUUGGACCUUCCCGAUCUCUUGCUCGAUGUGCGUAAUCAAAUCAAUGCGUUUUGUUACCCAUCAACAUGGCAGCUGACUGGAACCGAACCUGUGGACACCUGUCACCGGAUCGAGGAGCCAUUCUUUUGGGGUUGCUAUUAGAGAGUAGUCAGCAGACACGCCUAUCAAUGCUUGAAAAUGUCCAACCUUUGAGAAUUUCUGUCAAUGUUGAUGUUGCUGAUGCUUCGAAGUUUCAAGUAUAUAUGAAUCUUCAGGUUUUUUCGAUAUAUUGCUACCUAAAGCCAUGGAUUUGAGUUUACAAAUUUGAAAGAUGGGGUUGCACUUCUCUGUUGAUCAGUUGCAUCUUUCAACUGACAAAGAAUCUUAGCCUCCAUCUCCCUUUCAUCUCAAUUAAUGGCCGCUGUAAAUAUGCGAUGUAAAUGAAAGUUCACGUUCAGCAAUAAUGGUAUGGCCGUAUGGGUCAAAACUCCCGCGUCA